UGAGGUUGACAGUUGACAAGGCAGUCAGCAAGGUAUCCAGUGGGGUUGAGAGGUAUCUUAAAUCUUGUGAUUGUUGUUUUGACUAAAAGUGGGGUUAUGUUUUCAAGAAAAUGUUUUUCUGAAAUCUUUCUUACAAACUAGACAAUCUUAUGCUGAAUAAUGGGCUUAACUAAACAAUAUUUGCGAUAUAUUCCUGCUGGGAACUUCAAUAUAAUUGCCAGUGAUACAUGUAAUGCAGUUUUCGUUACUUUGGAGGGACAAGAAGGAAGAUUUGUUGCUGUUGGUGCCUGUGAACAUGUGAUAAUAUGGGACCUCAGGCUGGGAGAGAAGGCUCAAGUAUUACCUGGAGAAAAAGCUGCUGUGACAACUAUCUGUGCCAGUCCUAACAAGAGGCAUUUAGCCGCAGGAUAUUCUGAUGGAAUAGUACAGAUCUAUGAUUUAGAAUCUGCGGAUAUUGUUAGCACUUUUUCGGGACAUCGUUCUGAAGUUACAACCAUAAUAUAUGAUGCCUUUGGUCAUAAAUUAGCUUCAGGAUCCAAGGACACUGACAUAAUUAUAUGGGAUACAGUUGCAGAAACUGGUUUGUGUAGGUUAUCUGAGCACCGUGGUCCCAUCACAAAAAUAGAAUUUAUGAGUCAACAGCCAGUUUUAAUUUCAUCUUCUAAAGAUGGCUUUGUGAAAUUCUGGGAUCUGGAUACCCAUCACUGUUUUGAAACAUUGACAGGGCAUCAUACAGAGGUUUGGUCCUUGGCUUUGUUGAAAAAUGACCAAUACCUAGUCACUGGAUGUGGUGAUGCUGAACUUAGAGUUUGGAAGUUAUCAUCACAUGAUACACUCCCACUACAAUGUACUAAGGCAGGAGCACUACUAAGAGGAGGGAGAAGUAGAGUUGUAUCUAUGAAUAGUGAUGUGAGUGGCCAAAUACUUGGAUGUCAUGGUACCGAUAUGCAAAUUGAAUUAUUUCAAUUUCUUUCUGAUGAAGAUGCCAAAAUAAAAUUGAAGAAAAGGUUAGCAAAGGAAAGAAGAAAGGAAAAAAACGAAGGACCUGAUCAAACAACUAAUGAAGACAGAAAUACUUCCAUAAGUUUGAGAGACGAAGUCAAACGUUUACCAUCCAUCAAACUAGCACACAAACCAAAAUCCUUCCAUCUGGUUCUUGGCAACGGAGGUGAACUCCGCGUAACUGUAGUCCUAUCGAAUAACAUUGUUGAACUAUAUAGCAUACAUUCUGCAAUUAAAGACUCAGAAGGUACAUGCUUGAGAUCAAUUGUUAAUCAAGGACAUCAUAGUGAGAUAAGAUCGGUGAGUUUCAGCAGCGAUAAUCUAGCUAUAGUAUCAGGCAGUGGAGAAUCCUUGAAGUUAUGGAAUAGGCCUUCCCAGGCUUGCCUUAGGACGGUGACCACUGAGUACGUAUUAUCAACUGUUUUCGCUCCUGGAGAUCGACAUGUUCUAGCAGGUUUGAAAAAUGGAAAUUUGUUGAUCGUUGACAUCGCAGCAGGUGAUAUAUUAGAGAAAGUUCCAGCUCAUACCACCGAACUGUGGUCUGUUAACUUAACUCCAGAUUUGAGAGGAUGUGUAACUGGAGGAGGUGAUAACACGGUGAAAUUUUGGCAAUUUGAAUUAAUUGUUGACGAGGAAAGUGCUUCAAAGGCAAAGGUUUUGUCAGUGACACAUACGAAAACUUUACAGUUGGAAGAUAGUGUUCUCUGCACAAAAAUUUCUCCAAACGGUAAAUUCAUAGCUGUUGCACUGUUGGAUUCAACUGUUAAAAUAUUUUUUGUGGAUACUCUGAAGUUUUACCUCUCCCUUUAUGGACAUAAGUUACCUGUGCUGUGCUUGGACAUUUCAUCCGAUUCCACUCUUAUUGCUACAGGUUCUGCUGACAGGAAUGUAAAAAUUUGGGGUAUGGAUUUUGGUGAUUGCCAUAAAAGCAUAUUUGCCCACGAUGACUCUGUAACAGAUUUACAAUUUGUGCCAAGAACUCACUAUUUUUUUACUUGUGGGAAGGAUGGAAAAGUAAAGGAGUGGGAUGCUGACACUUAUGACAAGAUUAUUACCCUCCAGGGACAUGUUGGAGAAGCCAGAUCUCUAGCAGUCAGUCCAAACGGGCAGUAUGUUGUCUCAUGUGGAAGUGAUCAAGUAUUAAGACUGUAUGAAAAAUCAGACCAGCCUCUAGUUUUGGAAGACGAACAAGAGGUAGAAAGAGAACAACAAGAAGCUCUCACUGUUGAGGAGCAAACAACUAUACCUGGUCAACCUGGACUCAAUUUACCUUCGAAAAGGACUAUAGGUAGCGAAAAGGGGGCUGAAAGUAUUCUAGAGUGUUUGGAAAUAGGCGAUAAGUUUCGAGAACAACUGGCAGAACAUGAAGCAUUGCAAGCUGCUUCAAGUCAGACUUUACCACUUCCAAAUCCUCCUCCACUCAUGAUGGCUUUCAAAGCUUCUACGCCAGAUGAGUUUCUUUUAGAAACAAUCAAGAGAAUUAGACCAAGUGAUUUAGAAGAAUCUCUUUUGAUAUUACCAUUUUCGUCAGUGUGCCAAGUCUUUCAGAUGCUGCCAUCGUUGAUGGCCAGAGGAGAUCAGACUGAACUUAUUUGUAAGGUUGCCAAUUUUCUUCUCAAAUUACACCAGGCUCCUAUUGUGUCUAAUCAGGCCUUACUUAAAACUCUGGAAAAAUAUCAGAAAAUAGAAUCGGAAAAAGUUCGGGAGUUCAAGGAUUUGACAGGCAACACUUUCUAUGGUUUGCAGGCAAUAAUGCAAACUAUUGAGGCUGCUGAAGGUGUCCAGAUGUUCAGAGAUAAAACUAUAGAAAGAAAUAAAAAGGAAAAGAAACGUAAACAACGAGAAAGAUUGAAGAGAUCAAUUUUGACCCUCAGUUGAUCAUCAGUUAAUUCAACUUUUUAAGUUUAUUGUGUAUAUUUUUGAGAAUAUAUCAGUUGAAGUUUGUAAAA